UAAAGUCCAUAGAAAAUGAACAGAGCACAAGCUCGAGCAACAAUGGCGGACUGUGGAGAGGAAGAAAGGAUCCCCCACUGUUUAGUGCUCCCAUUCUCCCUUCAAGGUCACGUCAAUCCUAUGCUCCAAUUCUCCAGGCGUCUCAGAUCCAAAGGACUUCGAAUCACCUUCGUCGUCUACAAAUCAUUCCUCAAAACCCUACACGAUUCCGCCGCCGCCUCUUCCUUCGAAUUUCCGGUGGAGCCAAUCACCGACGGAUUCGACGACGGCGUGGACUACAAAAGUGUUUCCAAGGAGAUCGCCGAACACGCCUGGAAAACCUCGUCGGAGUCGCUGGAGCACCUGCUGAAGAAGCUUCGGAGCUCCGGCGCCGGCGCCGACUGUGUCAUCUACGACUCCUUCUGCUAUUGGGUGCCCUACGUCGCGAAGGCCGCCGCCGUCACGGCGGCGGCGUUUUUCACGCAGUCUAAUUCGGUAAACGCAAUUUAUUUCAGUGCUCACAAUCGCGAGCUGAAGCUCCCGAUCUCCGAUCAAGAGAUUCGAAUUUCCGGCGGACUGCCGGUGAUGACGCCGGCGGAUCUGCCGUCGUUCGUACAAAAUUAUCCAUCGGAACCGUUGAAGCUCGAGAUCAUGACAAAGCAAUUCUCCAAUGUCGAUAUGGUCGACUGGAUGUUCGUCAAUACGUUCUACGAAUUGGAGCGCGAGGUCAGUGAUUGGAUGGGGAAGAUGACGCCAACGAGGCCGAUCGGGCCGACGGUACCGUCGGCGUACACCGACGGGAGAAUCUCCGGCGACAGGGAGUACGGUCUGAGCGCAUUUAAGGCGGUUACCGACGAGUGUACGGACUGGCUGGACCAAAACGACGUCGGAUCGGUUGUAUACGUGUCGUUUGGGAGCUUCGCGCGGCCGGAAUCGGAGCAAAUCGGAGAAAUCGCCGCCGCACUGAAGCGAAUUCCGGCAAGAUUCCUGUGGGUGGUUAGGGCGUCGGAGGAAUCGAAGCUUCCCCGGAGUUACAGAGAGGAGACGUCGGAGAAAGGUCUCAUCGUGCGGUGGUGCAAUCAGCUGGAGGUUCUGUCACACGCGGCGGUGGGGUGCUUCGUGACGCACUGCGGCUGGAACUCGACGCUGGAGGCGAUCUGCUCCGGCGUGCCGGCGGUGGCGCUGCCGCAGUGGAGCGACCAGUUCACGAACGCCAAAUUGGUGGCGGAUGUGUGGGGGACGGGGGUCAGAGCGGCGGCGGACGGGGGAGGACUCGUCGGAGAAGAAGAAAUUUUUCGGUGCAUUAAGCAUGUGAUGGAAGGGGCGGCGGCGGCGGAGAUCAGAAGGAGGUCGCAGAAAUGGCGGAAGGCGGCGAGGGAGGCGGUGGACGACGGCGGGAGUUCCGAUAAGAACAUUCAAGAAUUUGUAGCUGCACUCAUUAAUGGGUCCAUAAAUUAAUUAUUACUCAUGCCAUAUGUUUGCAUAAUUUGCCACGUUUGCGGGGGGGACUCCGUUUAUUAAAUAAUUAAUUGCAAAAAAAUAAAUUUUAGUUUUAAUAUAAAAAAUUUAUUAAUUUUAA